GUGCCGCGCGCCCCGCGCCCCUGCCCGGCGCGCGUAUGGGCCCCGCCGACCGCGUUGUCUCCCAUUUCUUGACCCAGCAUUUCCGAGGAAGGAAGAAUCGGUGCUACCGGCUGGCGGUCAGAGCUGUGACGAGAGCGUUCGUGAAAUGCACCCGAGCCCGCAGGCUGAAGAAGAGGAACAUGAGGACGCUCUGGAUUAAUCGAAUUACAGCUGCUUCCCAGGAACACGGCCUGAAGUACCCAGCAUUCAUUGCCAAUUUAAUUAAGUGCCGGGUGGAGCUCAACAGGAAAGUACUUGCAGACCUAGCCAUCUAUGAACCAAAGACUUUUAAAUCUUUGGCUUCUUUAGCCAAAAGGAGGCGACAGGAAGGAUUUGCUGCUGCCUUGGGGGAUGGGAAAGAGCCAGAAGGCAUUUUUUCCAGGGUGGCACAUCACCACUGAAGGAGGAUGCCGACACCAACUGUCCUUUGCAGCUGAGCGUCUUAGGGAAAGGCUUUUCCCUGCUGUGAUGAUUAUACUAAAAUAGGGACUAAGAAGUAUUUGUGAGCAGUGUAAGUCUGACUUGUGUUUGUGUUCCUUUACACUUCAGUUAACAGCCCUGAGAGAAAAGGCCUGUCUUCUCAUUGGCACAGGUUCAGAAAUAUCUCACAUGGAUCUUGUAAAUAAAGCUUGUGUGGUGUU